CUGGAUCUCCAUGUAAAAGAAGGAAAUGGAAAGAAACAUGUUAGCUCAUUUAUGUCAAGUGCCAGUGGUGAAUUAUUCCCUGUGGAACUUUGGUCAUGGAAGCAAGGACACGUGGUGGAUUCUUGGCAGUCGGCAGUCUGUGGAGCAUUUGCAGGUGGAUUUGCAGCUGCAGUCACCACUCCUCUAGAUGUAGCCAAGACAAGAAUUAUGUUGGCAAAGACUGGCUCCAGAACUGCAAGUGGGAAUGUGAUGUCAGCUCUUCGAGAUGUAUGGAGAACUCAAGGAAUAUCUGGCUUGUUUUCCGGCAUCGUCCCUCGAAUCUCUUCGAUCAGCCUUGGAGGUUUUAUCUUUCUUGGGAUGUAUGACAAGAUCCGAAGCUUACUUUUAUGAUUUUGGUCAAGAGGAACAGCUGUGGAGCCAUUAUUCCACCCAGCCAGCCCUCCUUAAUUCUAAGAGAAAACACAUAUUCAUGGAAGUUAUUCCUUUACUUCCCACACAUUUCUGCUCUCC